AUGACUGAAUCCCAAGAUUAUUUCAAGACCCUGCAAUUAAUCCAUCGAUUUAUUAAGUGGCAAUACAAGGCUGACUCGGUCAACAUUGCCAUCCAGGAUGGACCCGAAGCUGGUCAGUCCGUCCCCCAUCUACACACGCAUGUCAUCCCACGGUACAAAAUGAACAAUGUUGGUGACUUGAUAUACGACAAGCUAGAUCGUUGGGAUGGCAGUGGCACUUUGGCCAAUUGGCAGGCAAGAAGAGACGAAUAUUUGGGAGUCGGCGGGAGACAAGCAAGGAAGGACAAGGCCACGCACACCAGUGGAGAUGAGAGUGAAUCUCCGCAAGGACCCAAGGUGUUGAAGCCAGACAGCCAACGGGAAGAGAGAACCCUUGAUGAAAUGAAAAAAGAAGUGCAGGACCUUCAAAGCGCCCUGGAAGGAUUCGUGGCUGCACGUCCUGACCUGAGCCAAUGGCAAUAG